AUGGGAGGUGGUGAAGGCCAUGAUCAUCAUGCUGAUGUGACUAGAGAAGAUCUUUAUAAAGAAUUCUCACCUAGCUACAUCGGAAGGCUUAAUAGACUACUGGGAUUAUUCUUUGACAAGCCUGUGACAUUUUUUCAUGACCAAGUUGUUGAGAGAUUUCGGAAACCAUAUCCAUAUUAUCAUAAACGAUUCCCUCGUGUCCCAACAAUAGACCAAUGUCAAGUCAACGAUUUGGCAUGCAUACAAGAGGCCAAUAAGCAGUAUCUUCGUGAUCGACUAGUAGAUUUAAAUAUUGUCAAAAUUCUUCGAAAUCGUAAAUCUGAGUGUCAAGAAUGGUAUAAAUAUGAUCAAGAAGAUGUAGAUCGAUUCUGUGCUCCAUUAUUUACUGAUUACGAAGAGGCAGCUGUCAAUUACUACAUAAAAUAUGGAGAAUUGCACUGGUCAACAACCGUUGUGGACGCAUUCAUGAAGCAGAAACAUCGCUUGCUAUGGGAAAGGCGUUAUGGACCAGUUGGAAGUGGAAUGCAAAAGAAGAAGUUAACUGAAGCAGCUGAAAAGGAAACUAAAGAGAAGGAUAUGAUUACCAAAUUAAGAGAAUUGCCCAGUUUUUUUACCAAACAUAUUAGUCCUUCGAAAAGUAAAUUGUUUGCUCCAUUCAACGUGUCCAGCAGUAUGCAUCUGUGUAUGCUGACUUCCCUAGUCCACAAUGCUCUUUGUACCCCAGUCUCAUUUUUUUCCUUUCUCUCUCGCGCUGAUCCCUCGACAACAGAUCUUAGUGAAAUUUGUGGUAUACGUGUACCAUCUGUGUAUUCAGCUGCACAUAAUGCCUUGUAUACACGAUAUACACCAAAAGAUUGGUAUGCUGGUUAUCAACAGCUUUUACAAGCUAAUGAUAGAGGUCAAAGAGAUUCAGAGUGUUUACGACAUGAUACAAUUCGAUUGGUUGAUGAUACUGAUGAAAGGACUAAAAUGAAUCAGAAUCAAUCAAGUCGUGUACUUGGUGAUCGUAUAUCAGAUAUUGUAUUCUGGGAGAAUGAAUUGACUGAUGAAAUCGAUAAAGUAGUUAAAGAGAAUAAUGAUUUAAUACGUGCUAAACGCAUUACUGAGAAGUUGUUAGCUGAAACGGAUAAUCAACUACACAUAGCACAAGAAUGCUUGUAUCAACGUGAGAAACGACAAGGAACUGAUUUAGUACAUGAUAAUGUUGAAAAAGCUCUUUUAGAAGAAGUGCAAGCAGUUCAAGAUGCUCAGGCAAGACUACGCUCAUUCAUUGAUCGUGCAAAUGUUCAAAUUGAAUUAAAUCGUGCAGCACAGCAUGAUUUAGAAGCAGACUUAAAGAAUAAAUUUACUGCUCAACAAAUUGAUGAAACAGCAGUUGGAAUGAAGAAUAGUUCCGCUGGUGUACAUUACUAUGAAGGCAUUGAAGAUAUUAAUCAAUGCCUAUCAGUUCCAGAGACAUGGAAAGCACAUGUACAAGAUAUUCUUAAUCGAAGUCGUGCUGAAAGAGCUGCAAGUCGAAAAUUACGUGAAGAUAUUGGUGAUGGGUUAUCACGUAUUAGUCAAAAUCUCUCCGAUCACUGGAAUGAUGUAAAUGAAGCUUUGGCUCAACGAAUACGCGAAGUAACUGAUGCAAGAAAUAAACUACAGUCGAGUUUAGGACGUACAUUACAAGAAAUUAUGGAUACAGAACGUGAGAUUGAAUCAAUUAAAAAUGCUAUUCGUGACAAAGAAGCUUAUCUUAAAACAGCGACAAGUAGAUUGAAUAUUCGAUUACAAAGACCAGGUAUGGAUCAUGUAUGUGAUGCAGCACAAACACAAUUAAAAUGUGAAGUUGCUCAACUCAAAGAUACUAUCAAAUUAUUAAAACAACAAUUAUGUCGAGCUGAAGAUAUAUUACAAGAAUUAUUACGUUUAAAAAGUGCUAAAGAAGCAGAAUUAGCUAUUAAAAAUAAUAGUAUAUUUAUUGAUCGUGAGAAAUGCUUGAGUUUACGAUCGAAUUGGCCUGGUGGUCCAACAGUCGAUGCAUCCCAUGCAGCACCAUGUCCUGGUUUCAUUGAUUCACAAGUCGGUGUUGGCGGUGAUAUAGCUAGAACAUGUGUUUGUUGA